CUCGAGCCCUACACAUACGUGUACAGCACCGUAGUUAUGUUAGUAAACGACGAGAUACCGAUGUUCUAUGAUGGCUGGCACCAGACCGAUGUUAUUCGCACAAAAUCUAUUGCCCGCCUCAAAGGACUCACCUCGCGGCAAGAUCCAUGGUUCCUCGGUAUUGUGCCGACCUCUCCCCACGUCCAGAAUGGUGUCCCACCCAUCCCGCUCGAAUGGCACAAGAAUCACGUCUCGAAUCCGACGGUACCGAAACCGGAGAACUUCAACCCUUCGAGCGACCAACUGCAGAGCAACAAGCCCUCCUAUUUGAAGAAGUUUAAAAUGCUGUCGCGAGACGAAGUCGGCUAGGCAGAGUUCCACUAUCGGUCGAGAAUUCAGGCGAUACAGGGGCUCGAUGGGAUCGUGCAGGACAUGGUAGAGCAUUUGGAAAAGACUGGACAUCUGGAAAAUACGUCCAUCAUCUGCAACCUCCGGCAAUGGUUACCACAUUGGGACUCACCGCCUCUUCGCCGGCAAGUCUCGCCCCUACCUCGAAGACACCAACAUUCCCAUGGUCGUACGGGGACCAGGCAUCCCAGCAGGUGCUACGUCGAAGAUCCCCAGCACCCACAUCGACUUCGCUCUCACUUUUCUCGAUAUCGCGGCCGUGGCGGAAGCUGAUCAUCCGAAGCUGUUCGACGGCCGGAGCCUGCUUGGCGAGUGGAAGAACGCGAAUAGCGAGGCCGCAGCGCAGUG